GUAAGUAUAGUACAUUUUCGUACGGUAUAUCUUUUAUUUGGCAUUUUGAUACAUUUCUUCGUCGGGUAAAUUUCUAUUCAUGGAGUCUUUUAAGAAGUCUGAUUCCCAUGAGAAUUGCACUUUUAUUAAAGUUAAAACAUCAUUUGAAGAUACCCAAGUUAGGCACGUCCAUGGAGGAGGUCAUACCCAUACUCAUGACCAUAUGGAAUCUCCUGGGACCUACUUGAUGAGGCAACAACCUGUCAAACGAAUUGAUUUUGAUUUGUUAUUGAUGCAGGCUUGUGCUUCUUUCCCAAUACAGCGAGCUUUUACUGUGGGUAUUGGAGGACCAGUUGGAUCUGGGAAAACUGCUUUAGUUCUUGCUCUAUGUAAAUGGUUACGAGAUAGAAAAGAGCUUUGCGUUGUUACAAAUGAUAUUUUUACCAGAGAGGAUUGGGAAUUUUUAGUGAAACACGAAGCCCUCCCUGAAAGUAGAAUAAAAGCUGUUGAAACUGGAGGAUGUCCUCAUGCUGCUAUUCGUGAAGAUUAUUCUGUGAACAUAGAGAUGGUGAAGGAUUUGACUAAGAAAUUUAAGCCUGAAAUUAUUUUUUUGGAAUCUGGUGGUGAUAAUUUAGCAGCCAACUUUAGUCGAGAUUUAGCAGAUUAUAUCAUAUAUGUAAUUGAUGUGGCUGGAGGUGAUAAAAUUCCACGCAAGGGAGGUCCUGGAAUCACAGAAAGUGAUUUGUUGGUUAUAAAUAAAACUGAUUUAGCUGAAGCUGUAGGAGCUGAUCUUGAGGUCAUGAUGAGAGAAGCAUUGAUGAUGAGACAAGGGGGUCCUACAGUGUUUACUGAAGCUAGACAUACAAAAGGCAUUGAUGUAGUGGCUGAUCACAUUUUGAAAGCAUUUGCUGAAACAUGAAAAAUCUGAAUAUUAACCAAUGUUAUGUAUGCAUUUUUUUCUGAAUGUAGUCUUGUUACUUUUGAUCUGAUAACUGUAAUGUGUUCAAAUUUUAUAUUUUGUUUCAAAUUUAAUAAA